UUUUCGUUCGUUUUUGUUACCGUAUUCCAGUUUGUGAUCAAACAACAUGGCGCUGCCCUGAAGGUUCCACACUGAAGUGAAAACAAUGGGAGUUGUAUGUGUGUACCUGUACCCAGUGCCAGAGGGGAAGAGUGGUCAGCAAGUAGUGGACACCCUCCAGCGACAGACAGAGCAGCUUGGAGCAGUGAAGGCAGGCAAUUUCUGUGUGGACUGUGAAACUUUCCAAUCUACUUUCCAACAAGGAGCCCAACAGAAACAGUUGAGCAUCCUUCACAACAGUGAAUAUCCAGCCACAUGUUUCGCCAUCUUGGACUCGGGGACGAGUCUGGUGGCAGACGAUCUGUUUGAUGGACUGGUGCAGAAGCUCAAGAACUACUACCAGCAAAGGAAAGGAUUCAAAAUUGAAUCAAAGGGACAGAGAUACGAGUUGGGGGACUUUGUCAUAAAGAUCGGCUCUGUGACACUGACAUCGAAUUUCAAAGGAAUUUUAGUUGAGGUGGAGUACUGUCCGUGCGUUGUUCCGAACGACUGCUGGAACCUGAUGAAGGAGCUGCUACAGAGCAUCUUGGGUAGCAGCAUCACGGACAACCCGCCAUCUUACCUCAAGUCCAAGAUGGACAUUUUGUACUCCACAACCGACACUAUGAGUCAGUAUCUGGAACACUUCAACAACAUCCGGAAGUCAGCAUCAACAACAGGGUCUACAACACCGCCGACUAUGAUAUCGCGGUAGAAUGCUGCACAUUUCUAAGGAUUCCUUUGCUGUAGGUGCUUUAAAUGGCGACCAAUUGGCCAAAUAUGGUGCAUACAACUUCAGCAAGCAAGCUGGAAGACUGAGAAGAUUCAGCCUGUUGACAAAGCACAUCAGUAUUCGCUUAUACUGAGGUUAAAAACUGUGGAUGUUCUUUGCGUUGGUGCAGCCCAUGUUGGAUGUGUUGAUGUAGCCUGUGCCUCAUUCAACAAUGCGAUCUCAGCACUACAACGUCCCAAAAGCAGUGUUAUGUUAUGGGAGUUAUGAUCACCUUAGAGCAAUGAUCGCUUUGUGGAAUGGGCCCAACACUUGCAGAAUAAUGGUGAAGAACACAUCCCUUGAUGCAGGAUAUUGAUGACAGCCUGACUUACAUUUCCCACAUGGGACAUGAUACUGUUACAGUUCCUGUCAGUGUAAAGAAGGUGUUAGGGGAUGAGUAUCUAGACAGUAACAUGGAUUAGUUGACCAGUGGCUGUCAGGUAUAGGGUGUGGCGAACUAGCUGGAUGGACACAGUCUCAACUGUAGGUAGUCUGUCUAGAAUGUUUUGUUAUUUAGUUCAAAGUGAAAAUGAACAUCAAUCUGUUGGCCCACGACCAGCAAAAA